GGCGGAAGAAGAACACCCCCCACUUUGAGAAGAGACUGAGCAACACGAAGCCAAACGAGACUGAUCUGAUCGCGAUCUUUCUUUCGCACGAGUCUCUGUGACUGUCGAUUGUGUGCUGUUGUUUGUACUUCAGCAUGGCGGUCGUCAUCCGUUUACAGGGACUAAAGGUCACAGCAGGUUCUGAGGAUAUUCGCAAGUUCUUCACUGGCCUCACAAUUCCAGAUGGAGGGGUGCAUAUAAUUGGUGGGGAGCGAGAUGAAGCUUUCAUUAUCUUUGCUUCGGAUGAAGAUGCAAGAAGAGCCAUGAUACGGUCAGGAGGUUGCAUUAAGGGUUCACCUGUUGCAUUGCUACUCAGUAGUAAAGCAGAGAUGCAGAACGUGCUUGAAAAAAGUGCAACAAAUGUCGAGCCAGAUCAAAAGAGGCGACUUGAGGAGAAUGCAAGAGGCGCUAGAAGAUCUGUGGACCCUGAGAUGGGCAGGAGAUCAGCUAGUAGAUCGGAUUAUUCGCCACUCCACCACCAGAGGGCUUCGAACACUAAUGACUUUUUGCAUGUAUUUCUAAAAGGAAUGCCAUUUUCUGUGACCGAAGAGGAAGUCCGGGACUUUUUCUGUGGUUUACUAAUUGAUGAAAUUGUCCUAUUGAAAAAUGGAAAUGGUACAAAAAAUGGGAAAGGUCUGGUCCAAUUUGCAACAAAAGAGGAUGCAAAUGAAUCCCUGAAGAGGGAUAGGGGAUACAUUGGCUCGAGGUAUGUGGAGAUUUCCACAACAACGGCAGACGAUUGGCGGAGGGUUACAGGUAAAGUGGCGAUGGCUGUCAACACGGAUGAUAACUUUGAAAGGGACCGAUCACCUGUUCGCCAGCAAAGGAAUCCACAUUCUGUGAGGUCACAAUCACCUUUUGCUCCGAGGCCCGUUCCUGCUUCUGACGAUGAGUACUGCGUUUUGAUCGAAAAUUUGUCAUUUACAGCUGAUAAAGAAGACAUAAAAAGGCUUUUUCGUAAUGCAAAGCUUGAAGAUGACCAGAUCCUCUACUUAAUUGGCAAUGAUGGGAGAAGAACGAGAUCCACAUUUGUGCUGUUCAAGAAUCUGCUUGACUACUGUGACGCUUUAUCUCCUGAAAAACGGCAGUUUUUGAACCGAUGGAUUUAUACACGGCCAAUAUCAAGAGAGAAAAUGAUCUCCCUUCUGGACUCUCAGAGCACCGAUGUAGGACCUUCAAACACCGAUGUCGGACCUUCUGGAAACUCUGAACUUCAGGAUCGGCCUCCAUCUUAUGACUCUGAGAAAAUGUGUGUGUUUGCGCGGAACCUACCAUUUGAUGUCCAGAAAGUUGAGAUCAUGGACUUCUUCCUUGGGUUUAAUAUCACAGAGGACAAGGUGUCUGUGCUGCAUGACCAUGAAGGUGCUGGAGUUGGGAAGGCUUUGGUUCUCUUCCGGUCGGAGGCAGAGGCUAUGAGUGCACUCUCUCUCAAUGGACAGAGGUUUCUUGGGUCGGAUGUCCUACUCAAAUGCAUUUCACGUUCUCAGAUGCGGCAGUUGGGUGUUGAGCCGCCACUGGUGCAAGAGCCAAUUGUGCAACAGCCGCUGCAAAGAGAUGAUAGAUUCUCAGGCAGGAGAAGCCAGGCAUCCUACCACCCCGGUGACACACAAUAUCCUGACCUUAGGAUUCCUCAGGGUGGUAAUGUACCAAUGGCUAAUCCACAUGCUCACGUCUAUGGAGGCUGUGAUAAUGAGCCCUAUGCAGUAGGCCCUUACGCCCCACAAGACAGAGGUAAUGGUGUUCGUGGUGGCUUUGGUCCCUCAGUGCAGCAUUUUGACGGUCCCACCUGCGUUAAGCUACUUAACUUACCAUUUCAAAUCAGAAGUGAAGAAAUCUAUGACUUUUGCUAUGGAUUUCGCAUUAUCCCUGGAUCUGUCUCACUCCAGUAUGACCAGAGUGGAAAAUCGAAAGGCACCGCAACUGCAGUAUUUGAGUCCCGUCAGGAGGCGUUAACAGCAGUUGAGGAACUGAGUGGAAGACCCAUCGGUCCAAGAAAAAUACAGCUAUUACUUGUGUGACAGGGAGAUCUUUUCAUGGCACCUUAUGUGCCCUAGCAGUGUAGUUAGGACAUGUUAAUGAAACAAGUUUAUUUAAAGGAAGCAAUGGGCUUUUCUUUCUUUUCUUAUAUGAUUUUUAUUUUUACUCUUAAUGGUAUGGCUUUAUGUGAUUGUAGAAGCUAUUUAUUUUGUUAAUAUUUAGUUAUUUUUUUUCACAAGUAGCAUUUAUUAAUGAUUCUAGAUGUUUGCUUAUUUAGGUUAGAUUGUGUUAUUAUAUAUAUA